CAGUUUUGAACUUAAACAUUCUGAAUGUGUGUCCUAGUUUAUUCCCCUGUUGCAGGAAACUAUACGUAUAUGUUUUAAUUUUCCAUUUAGUUUCCUUGGGCUGGAGUGCAUGCGAAAGACUUCAGCUGACAGGAGGUAAACAUGUACCCAUGUAUCUGUUGCCUAUUAAUGCAAUUCCAGUGAGACAGAGAAAAACAGGGAAAGACUAUUAUACUAUCCAUUGAAUAAUUACAUUCGAAACAGGCAAACACAAUGAAGCCGCAACAAAACACUGACACUAAAGCUAUGAAAAUGGAAAAACUGCAGAGUGAACUUAACAGGGCAAAACUUAACGAGCAACGGCUAAUGGACCAAAACACGGAGCAGAAAAAAAGGCUCGCCGAACUAGUUACAGCAGAUAUCGCUUUAAAAAAGGAACAGGGUGAGAUUGCUAUACUAAAAAAGAAAUUCACUCUCAAGGACAGGCAUAUAGAGAAGUUAAGGAAAGACCUACACAAUGUCAAAACCGAACUUUGGAACGAAAAGUCCAACAGGGCUAAUGAGAAGAAUAAGUCAGAUGAGAUAAUUGCGCUUCUCACGAAGUCGUCUCAGGAAUAUCAGAACAAGUUCUCCGUGGAGAAGAUGUUCAGGGAGCAGAAGGAGAAGGAGUUAGAAAAGUUAAUUAACACACACAUGGAGAAAAAAGAUUUGAUCUUGCGUGUGCAGAAAUUGCAUCAUCAGGUGCAGGAGUUGACAGGGAAUAAACAGUAUGCCCUCAAAAAAAUAGAAGAACAGAACCAACUGUUACAAAAGAAGGAAACAGAUGUGAAUUUGAUAACAGAGGAGUUAAAUAAAUUGAGAUCAUACGCAAAACGUUGCAAAGAAGAAGUGGAAAAGCUGGCCCCUUUUAAAGACAGACUUGAGACAGUACAAGAACAAUGUGAGAGACAAGUGAAUGAACUUAUAAGACAAAAAAAACAAAAUGACAUCUAUAAGAAAGAAAUACAUCUCUUUUCAAAGGAGAUAGGGAUAUUGACAAGCAAGAAUGAGGACUUGACUAUUUUGUAUAAGAACCAGGAAAACGAUAUGGAAAUUGUGCAGCAAGAAAAGAAAACCCUAUCAGUGCAUUCCGAAAAUCAGAAAAAAGAGGCAGAGAAACAGCGUAAGCUCAUAGAAAACCUGGAAAGUGAACUCAAUAGCUGCAGUGAACUGAAAACUAAACUCCAAAAUAAAGAGAGAGAGCUCGCCAAGCACACUAUGGCCAGAGACAUGGAGAUGAUGAAUGUUAGAAAUCUGAUUAAUGAGUCAGAUAGCAAGCAAAGACGGCUAACAAUCCAGAUUGAGGGUGUCAGGACCGAGAAUAAACUCGUCACGGAAAAUUUCUUCGAGGCUCAGAAGGAAGUGGGUCGGAUGAACAAAACAAUUCGAAAACUGCAUAAUAAACUGAAAUGCAAGGGCCGUGAAGCCGAUUCAAAGAGCACAGAGCUGGUCAUGGUAAAGAGGAAAUUGGGUUCUCUGAGGUACCAGCUGGAAAAAGUGAGGGAGAAGCUGGCAGAAACCAAGAUGGCACAGGUGUUUUCUAUAGUUUCGGCUGAUAAAGACCAUCAGCUGGCAGAGAACAAAUUGGCCAAGAUCGCGGCGGAGAAGGAGAAGUUGGAACACGAGGUGCAGCAGUACAACGAACAAGCUGUGCAGCAGAAACGGAUGCUAAACCUCCACGACGCUGAGAAGGCCACGCUAGAAGAAACGGUCAGGGAAUAUGCAGAUACAGUCAAGUCUCUCAGGCUGAAGAACAAGAGACUUCAGCUUGAGCAUGACAUCAAAAUUACAAUACUGCAGCGGCAUGCAGCCACUUCACGCCGAGAGAGAACUAGGGGUAAAAUGAGACAUCUGAAUUCCUAUCUUAAGCUGAUGUACAACCAGCACAGCCAGAACCUGCUCUCUGUGAAAACUCAAGACGUACAACUUCUGAAAAAGAACAAGGAGAUUGAGGAGCUGAAGUGCAAGUUGGCACGGCGGCCAGAUGGCGCAAUACAGAAGUACCACGAGUGUCAGAAGGACAACAGACACCUGAAAAAAAUGGUAAUGGCAUCACAUGGACUCCUCGCGGUGUACGAGGCGAAGAGCAAGGAAGUGGAAGAGGAGAACAAAAGGCUGACCGAUCAACUGAGGAAGCUCAAGUUGGAGUACAGGCAGAUCCACUUGCCCCCUAUUUCCAAACUGCCCCAGUCCCCCUCUGAGGACAAAUCAAACGACACGUAUAAGUCUGGGCACAUAUCAAGGCACACCGUAGCGUUUGUUCGCUUCCCACUACAUUGUGAGCGUGAGUCUGAAGGCAAGCUGAAGCCCCCCUCCCUUCCUCCCAUCUCCAAUAGUCUCCAGUGCCAAGGAAGAAAAAUCAGGCCACGCCCGCCACCUCACUAAAGUUCCUGCCAAGGAUGGGGAAGGUGAUGACCCGCUCAACAGUGGAGUUGAGUUUGCAUGUUUUCCCCGUGUGUCUGUUUGGGUUUACUCCGUGUGCUCCGGUUUCCUCCCACAGCGUAAGACAUGCAGGUAAGAUACUAUA